AUGGUGGAGUCAUCCUAUACUGUGGAGCAGGAAAAGAUCGCUCUGGAGGUUCUGUCGAAGAAUAAGCAAGAAUUUUAUGAAAUUUUGAAGGUGAAUCGGAGCGCAGAUGAUCAGGAAAUCAAGAAAUCGUAUAGAAAACUAGCCAUCAAGCUGCAUCCAGAUAAGAACCCACAUCCAAGGGCGAGCGAAGCGUUCAAAGUAAUCAAUAGGGCAUUUGAAGUACUGAGUGAUGCAGAGAAGCGUCAGAUGUACGACAGGUUGGGGAGAGACCCUGAUGACAGAAGCAUGCCUUCAGGAUCAAGUUCAUCGUACCAGGCAGGGUUUCCACAAGAAGCCUUUUUUGGUCGUCGUCAUGCAGAUCCCCGGGAAGACAUAUUCGACUAUCUUUUCAACAUGGGUGGUGGAAGUCCAUUUGGUGGGCCAUUUGGUAACCAUCCAUUUGGGUCACCAUUCAUGAACGGCGGAGGCGCCUCUACGUUUACUUUUGGUGGACCCGGUGGCUUCAGAGUCUAUACUAACACACCUAGGCAUGCUCAGCAACGACAGAGGCAACGACAACAACAGCAACAGCAAGAGGGUGAUAGGGAGCAGGAUGUUAAUCAAAGCAUAAGGGUUCUCUUGCCAUUGUUGGUGCUCUUCCUUGUGCCCUUGCUGGAAAGGUUUGUAUUCGGAUAA